UUUCUAUUCAGUUCAUUCAAACCCAACAACUGAGGCGGAAAUCAACAAAAUCCAAAUCCAAUCCAAUCACGCAACUAUCUAUAUUUUGUGAGCAAAGAGCGAAACGCAGCUCGACUUUAUAAACAAUAAACAAACGACUUUUCUUGGCUACUUGUGAUCAUGGCAUUUGUGGCCAGCAUCGAUGAGCGGGGCAAUGAGAUAAUGCGCAUAAUGCUCUAUCCGGAUACCAGAUCGACAACCCAAGCUGUCUGGCGUCGUUGGCAGGACGUGCGAGUGUUGCAGGCACAACACAUGGAGCAUCAGGACGAGCGUGUGAGGAAGCGGCAACUGUUGCUGAUGCACCCGAACUGCCAGGACCCGGAGAAGCCUCAAGCUGCAAGGUGUCAGUCGGAGAAGCAGCAGACUGAGAAGCAGCAGUCGGAGAAGGAACAGCCAGAGAAGGAACAGCCAGAGAAGGAACAGCCAGAGAAGGAACAGCCAGAGAAGGAACAGCCAGAGAAGGAACAGCCAGAGAAGGAACAUCCAGAGAAGGAACAGCCGGUGAAGCAGCAGCCGGAGCAUCUAGAUAUGGAGAAAUCACAGCAAAUCAGUUCGGAGAUGAACGCACAUCACAAACCGCAGGAUCAGAUGAAUGAAGGACGCAAUUCGCCUUUCUACUCCUGGCUGGCAGCCAAAAAUGAGGCACAGCAGCAGGAGGCGUUUGAUCGUCGCUUGAUCGCCCAGCUGGAUGAUCAGCUGGCAUUGGAACGCGCAAAGCUGGCGGAAGUGAAAUACCAGCACUGGUAUCAGACCAAAGCCAGAUUGCGUCGCUCCAAGUCCGAGAUGAGCUCCACGCCGGCUGCGCUGAACUCGCACAGCGCCCGGCAAUCGAUAACCGCAGCAGAGGCACAUCGACGCCUGCUCGCCUGGGAGCAGGAGAAGCUCAGCGAGCUGAGGGCGAAGCGCUUGGAGCGUGAGGAGCGCCAGGCGCGCCAGCAGCUCAUCGAGACGACUCGACGCGAACUCAACUUGGGCGCCUACGAGCAGUGGAAGGAUGCGGCACGCAACCGGCCCAAGCCAGUGGCCAUGGGUCGUGGCUUGGACUCGCUGCGUGCCACAAAUGCGCCCCACUACAUCAAUCCCAAACAGUGGCAAUCCCCAAUGUCCACGGCUCAACGCACUGCCCUGAAACCGGAUUUGGAGAAGAUACAGCGUUCGAUGCCAGACUACGAGCGACUGCAUCGACUGGCGCAGCCGCGUCAGCGCCUGCAAGUGGCCAACAAGCAUGGACAGAGUUGUCCAACCAGCACAGUAGAAUCGAAUCGAAGCUGCUCCGAUGGAACUGCAAAGGCUCCAAAGAAGCAACAGCUACAAAUUUUGCAUAAAAACAAGUUGGAAAUAGCUCAAAACACGAAGCCAGAAAUGAUGCAACGAAUAUCGCAAAUGAAGCAGCAGCUUCACAGUUCGCAGAUGAGAAACCGGAGCAGCAGUGGGGCUAAACAGGAGCAGCUGCUGAGUGGUGAGAAGAAGUCAAUUGGCCAAGCUGUCAAAGCUGUGCAGCAGUCAGUCAUUGAUCAAACUCUACCAAUGAAAGUGGGAAGGAAGCAUGAAACGCUCAAGGACUGUGUGCAACAGGAUGCAUUGCCAGAGGAUGCCAACACAGAGCUGAACAAGAAUGAAGCAGAUGUGGAUGUGGAAGGCCAAGUUGCCAAGUCGGGUCUCGAGCUGCAGGCUCAGUUGGGCCGCAGGAUUUACGGAGGAGCCUCUCAACUGCAGCUCAGCAGGAUGAAAAAUCAAAAAUCAAAACCCUGGCGAUAAAUUGAAGACGAUUUAACCAUAAUAUAUAUAUAUAUAUUUUUUUAUACUUACUCGUUUAGGGCGAAAUUAAAUUGAGAUAAUAAUAAAAUAAAU